UCACUUGUUAUUGGACUCGAAACUCCUUUGACCUCGGAAACUGAAGAUGAGGUUGCCAUGGGAACUGCUGGUCCUACAAUCAUUCACGUUGUGCCUUGCAGGCGACGCCACGCCGCGCGGCCCGGUGUUCGUGCAGGAGCCCAGCCCCGUCAUGUUCCCCGUGGGCUCCGAGGAGAAGAAGGUGAAGCUCACCUGCCAAGUGAGAGGGAACCCGCGGCCUCGCAUCAGGUGGAAGCUCAAUGGGACGGAUGUCGACACGGGCAUGGAUUUCCGCUACAGUGUGGUUGAAGGCAGCCUGCUGAUCAAUAGCCCCAACAGAACCCGCGACGCGGGGACCUACCAGUGCGUGGCCACCAACGCCUUCGGGACCGUGGUCAGCCGAGAGGCGCCGCUGCGCUUCGCCUAUCUCGAGAACUUUCAGACGAGAGCAAGGAGCACGGUGUCUGUCCGCCAGGGCCAGGGCAUGGUGCUGCUGUGCGGGCCGCCCGCCCACUCCGGAGAGCUGAGCUACGCCUGGAUCUUCAACGAAUACCCCUCCUACCAGGACAACCGCCGCUUCGUCUCCCAGGAGACCGGGAACCUGUACAUCGCGAAGGUGGAGAAGUCGGACGUGGGCAACUACACCUGCGUGGUCACCAACACGGUGACCAGCCACAGGGUCCUGGGGCCGCCCACCCCGCUGACCCUGCGGAACGACGGGGUGAUGGGCGAGUACGAGCCCAAAAUCGAAGUGCAAUUCCCGGACACGGUGCCGACCGCCAAAGGAGGCACGGCCAGGCUGGAGUGCUUCGCGCUGGGCAAUCCAGUCCCCACCAUCGUCUGGAGGCGGGCGGACGGGAAGCCCAUAGCGAGGAAAGCCAGGAGACACCAGUCGGACGGGAUCCUGGAGAUCCCCAACUUCCAGCAGGAGGACGCGGGCCCAUACGAGUGCGUGGCCGAGAACUCCCGAGGGAAAAACGUCGCGCGGGGACAGCUGACUUUCUACGCUCAACCCAAUUGGAUUCAAAAAAUAAGCGACAUCCACGUGGCCAUGGAGGACAGCGUCUCCUGGGAGUGCAGGGCCAGCGGGAGGCCCAGGCCCACGUACCGGUGGCUGAAGAACGGGGAGCCGCUGUUCGCUCAGGACAGAGUUCACAUCGAACAAGGCUCGCUCAACAUCACCGGGGUGAGCCUGGCGGACGCCGGCAUGUACCAGUGUGUGGCCGAGAACAGACACGGGGCCGUCUUCUCCAGCGCCGAGCUGAGCGUCAUCGCUGCAGGCCCAGAUUUCUCACGCGCCCUCCUGAAGAGGGUCACUCUUGUCAAAGUAGGCGGCGCCGUCGUCAUUGAGUGCAAGCCCAAAGCUUCUCCCAAACCCGUCUACACCUGGAAGAAAGGACGGGACGUGCUAAGAGAAAACGAGAGAAUCACCAUCUCGGAAGACGGGAGCCUCAGGAUCGUCAAUGUGACGAAAGCCGAUGCCGGCAGUUACACCUGCGUCGCCACCAACCACUUCGGGACGGCAAGCAGCACGGGGAGCCUCGUGGUGAAGGACCCCACGAGGGUGACGGUGCCCCCCGCCAGCAUGGACGUCACCGUCGGGGAAAGCAUCGUCCUCACUUGCCAGGUGAGACAGGACCACUCACUGGACAUCGUGUUCACCUGGUCAUUCAAUGGACACCGGAUAGACUUCGACCGGGACGGGGACCACUUCGAACGGGUCGGAGGGCAGGAUUCAGCUGGGGAUUUGAUGAUCCGGAACAUUCAGCUGAAGCAUGCUGGGAAAUACGUCUGCACGGUCCAGACCAGUGUGGACCAGCUGUCUGCGGCCGCCGACCUCAUCGUCAGAGGUCCCCCAGGGCCCCCGGAGGCCGUGACCAUCGACGAGAUCACAGAUACCACCGCCCAGCUCUCCUGGAGCCCCGGGCCCGACAACCACAGCCCCGUCACCCUGUACGUCGUCCAGGCCCGGACGCCGUUCUCCGUGGGCUGGCAGGCCGUCAGCACAGUCCCUGAUGUCAUUGACGGGAGGACGUUCACGGCGACCGUGGUGGGUCUGAACCCUUGGGUGGAAUAUGAGUUCCGCACGGUGGCAGCCAAUGCGAUCGGGAUCGGGGAGCCCAGCCCCCCCUCGGAGAAGCGCAGGACGGAAGAGGCCCUCCCCGAAGUCACCCCAGCCAACGUCAGUGGCGGCGGAGGCAGCAAAUCGGAGCUGGUUAUCACCUGGGAGACGGUGCCCGAGGAGCUGCAGAACGGCCGGGGCUUCGGCUACGUGGUGGCCUUCCGGCCCUACGGCACGGUCAUCUGGAUGCUCACCGUGCUGGCCUCGGCCGACGCCUGCAGAUACGUGUUCAGGAACGAGAGCGUGCGCCCCUUCUCCCCCUUCGAGGUCCGGGUGGGCGUCUACAACAGCAAAGGGGAGGGCCCCUUCAGCCCCAUCACGGUGGUGUACUCGGCAGAGGAAGAGCCCACCCGGCCGCCCGCCAGCAUCUCUGCCAGGAGCCUCUCCGCCACGGACGUGGAGGUCGUCUGGGCCUCCCCCCAGGAGAGGAACCGGGGACGGAUACAAGGCUACGAGGUUAAGUACUGGAGGCAUGAUGACAAGGAAGAGAACGCCAGGAAAAUCCGGACCUCCGGAAAUCAGACGUCCACGAAAAUCAGCAACCUGCAGGGCAGCGCGCUGUACCACUUAGCGGUCAAGGCUUACAACACGGCCGGGACCGGCCCCUCCAGCGCCACCGUCAACGUGACCACCAGGAAGCCCCCGCCCAGCCGAGCCCCCGGGAACGUCGUGUGGAAUUCAUCCGACUCCAAAAUCGUCCUGAACUGGGACCAGGUGAAGGCGCUGGAGAACGAGUCGGACGUGAGAGGCUACAAGGUCUUGUACCGAUGGAGCCGGCAGAGCCGCACGUCUGUCAUCGAGACAAACCAGACGUCGGUGGAGCUCUCCUUGCCUCUGGAUGAAGAUUACAUCAUAGAAAUCAAGCCGGUCAGCGAUGGCGGGGACGGCAGUGCCAGCCAGCAGAUCCGCAUCCCAAAGAUGACAAAUGCCUACGCCCGGGGCGGGGGCGCGGGGCCCUCCACCUCCAACGCCUGCACGCUGUCGGCGCUCAGCACCCUCAUGCUCUCGCUCACGGCCAGGUCCAGCUUAUGACGACCGCCCCGCAGGACUCGCUGUCUGUGAUCUCAGCCACCGUGAGCGUGUUGUCCUGAAGACACCCAGUACUAAGUAACCUUGUUGUUCGAGUGCAUCUUAUUACUGGA